CAACAGCGUGGGAAAGUACUUCCGGUAGGUCAAUGUAUCGAGCUGCAAAGUUUCUUACAAGUAUAUCGUCUCGAAUUUGCUCCAACAAUUCCACACCAAGACAGAUUUUAGAACCGAAAUACGGAGCAACGAGGCUCAAACAGUGCACAAGAUUUGCGGUUCGUGGAGAGAAAGGGGAGAUUUAUGAACUUAAAGAACGGCACAAGUGUCCGAGAGGAAGCAAUAAUCAACCAUCUUUCUUCUGCCAGCAAUAACAAGAAGAGAGAGGCUGCAAGUCCAGCUGUACUUCUUCAUUUAUUGUGUUUCACACAGAACCCAGUAUUAACCGGGCGCUCCUAGCUGAGGAAGACCAAGAGACUCUGUGCUGUAUCCCUCCGCCGGCCGCAUCGCGCAUCAGCUCUUUGCUUAUUUUUAUUAUCAUUUCUUCUUUCAUGUUUCCAACAGGUUUAGCUUCCCCUAACCUCUCAGCAUCAAGCCAAGAGGCCAGAGCUGCAGUUUCGGAUGUGAACAGCGACAGUACUUUAGCUUCUUCUCGAAAGAGGAAGAUCCUCAGCUCGGACAGGGAGGACACCGAUUCUCUGUCUGUCUCUCCCAGAUCCCCUAAAGCCGCCUGUAACUCGUCCGCCUCCUGCUCCUCCACCUCCAGCGGCCAGCAGCACAUCCAGAAGAAGCUCAGGUUUGACGUGGAGAGUGCAGGGCUGGAGGUGAAGAUGGCAGAGGAGUCUCCAACAGCAUCGUGCUCCAAAAGUAAAAGCGCGUAUUUCUCCGGCCACGCUAACGGACUCACAAAAUCCGCAGGAUCAGCCACAUUCGCCAACAGCAAACCAGGAGCUGCCAAGAAACUUGUCAUCAAGAACUUUAAGGAAAAGCCGAAACUGCCUGAAAACUACACACAUGAGACAUGGCAGAAGUUAAAGGAAGCCGUGGAGGCCAUACAAAAUAGCACUUCUAUAAAAUACAACCUGGAGGAACUUUAUCAGGCUGUUGAGAAUUUGUGUUCCCAUAAGAUAUCUGCAAAGCUGUAUAACCAACUGAGAGCUGUAUGUGAAGACCACAUCAAGGCCCAGAUUGAACAGUUUCGGGAGGACUCCCUGGAUAGUGUGCUCUUCUUGAAGAAAAUAGACAAAUGUUGGCAAGACCACUGCAGGCAAAUGAUCAUGAUUAGGAGUAUAUUUUUGUUUUUGGACCGCACAUAUGUUUUACAAAAUUCAAUGCUGCCAUCAAUCUGGGACAUGGGACUGGAAUUAUUUCGUUUCUACAUCAUCAGUGAUUUGAAAGUACAGAGCAAAACAAUUGACGGGAUCCUGUUGCUCAUAGAGAGGGAACGUAGCGGCGAGGCCAUCGACCGUUCUCUUCUCAGAAGCCUUCUCAGCAUGCUCUCUGACUUACAGAUUUAUCAAGACUCCUUUGAGCAGCGCUUUCUGGAGGAGACAAAUCGACUCUACGCUGCAGAGGGCCAGAGGCUGAUGCAGGAAAGAGAGGUGCCUGAGUAUCUUCAUCAUGUCAACAAACGUUUGGAAGAGGAAGCAGACCGAGUCAUCACAUACUUGGACCAGAGCACACAAAAACCUCUUAUUGCAACAGUGGAAAAGCAACUACUUGGUGAACACUUGACUACAACACUUCAGAAAGGCUUAAAUCACUUGCUGGAUGAGAACCGUAUCCAGGACUUGUCCUUGCUGUAUCAGCUGUUCAGUCGUGUCCGAGGUGGAGUGCAGGCUCUCCUUCAGCAGUGGAUUGAAUAUAUAAAGUCAUUUGGUAGCACAAUAGUUAUUAACCCUGAGAAAGACAAAACAAUGGUCCAGGAGCUACUGGACUUCAAGGAUAAGGUGGAUUCCAUCAUUGAUAUAUGCUUCAUGAAGAAUGAAAAAUUUGUAAAUGCUAUGAAGGAAGCAUUCGAGACGUUCAUCAACAAGCGGCCGAACAAACCUGCCGAGCUUAUAGCCAAAUACGUGGAUUCCAAACUGAGGGCAGGAAACAAGGAAGCCACUGAUGAAGAGCUUGAAAAGAUGCUGGACAAGAUUAUGAUCAUAUUCAGGUUCAUUUAUGGCAAAGAUGUCUUUGAGGCCUUUUAUAAAAAAGACCUGGCGAAGAGGUUGCUGGUUGGAAAAAGUGCUUCUGUAGAUGCUGAGAAGUCGAUGCUGUCCAAACUGAAACAUGAAUGUGGAGCAGCAUUCACUAGUAAAUUGGAAGGAAUGUUUAAGGACAUGGAGCUCUCUAAAGACAUCAUGGUGCAAUUCAAACAGUACAUGCAAUGCCAAAACAUCCCAGGUAACAUUGAGCUGACCGUGAACAUUCUCACUAUGGGUUAUUGGCCUACGUAUGUUCCCAUGGAAGUCCACCUGCCUCCAGAGAUGGUGAAACUACAGGAAAUCUUCAAGACAUUUUAUCUUGGGAAGCACAGUGGAAGGAAAUUACAGUGGCAGUCAACGUUAGGACAUUGUGUAUUAAAAGCAGAAUUUAAAGAGGGAAAGAAAGAGCUUCAGGUGUCACUGUUUCAGACAUUAGUUCUGCUAAUGUUCAAUGAAGGGGAAGAAUUUUCUUUGGAGGAGAUCAAACUAGCUACUGGAAUAGAGGACGGUGAGCUCAGACGUACCCUGCAGUCUCUGGCCUGUGGGAAAGCACGAGUCCUCUCCAAGACCCCCAAAAGCAAAGACAUAGAAGACGGAGACAAGUUCUCCUGCAAUAACGAUUUCAAGCACAAACUCUUUCGAAUUAAAAUCAACCAGAUCCAGAUGAAAGAAACGGUGGAGGAGCAAGCUAGCACUACAGAGAGAGUCUUCCAGGACCGACAGUACCAGAUCGAUGCUGCCAUUGUCCGCAUUAUGAAAAUGAGGAAGACUUUGAGUCAUAACCUUCUGGUGUCUGAGGUUUACAACCAACUCAAAUUUCCAGUCAAGCCUGCUGAUUUAAAGAAGAGAAUAGAGUCACUCAUUGAUAGAGACUACAUGGAAAGAGACAAGGAAAUCUCCAAUCAGUACAACUAUGUGGCUUAAAGGGGCGUGAUCGACAAACGGAAAGAAAGAAAGAAAGAAAGAAAGAAAGAAAGAAAAAGCUAGCGACUAACGGAGCCUAAUGAAGAAAAUCCUUUAGCUUAUGGUAUCUUCAGUAUUUUUCCCCAGCGUUUGACAACAGAACGGAUAUGGCUCUGAAAGAUCUGGUUAUGGGAACGUUUUCCAUGGGAUCGCAAGCCUGUUUGACAGCGAUCAGAGCUUUUCUCUCUCUAAGAAUCGGACAGUCUCGGACACCUUGCUUUCUCUUUUUAUUUACUGAGUGGAAAAGUGUAUUUCAUUUCAGUGCUGGCUCACAGUCCAUUUUCUUUUGGAUGCCCGUCUCUGUUUUAAGCCAGGUUUCCUUUUAAUUCACUAUGUACACACACCAAGUGGACGAAAAAAGACAAAAAUACUAAUAAAACGAGACGUGUCGAGUGCAUGAGAGUGUAACGUUAAAAAUAGGAUUUCAAUUGAAUUUAAAUCCAUUUAAAUUCUCUAUAAACAGAAGCAAAGUUGCUGUUGAGAAAAUCUUCAGUAUUAUAGCUCACUGAUUGUUAAAGGAAAGAGAGAAACACAGAGCCGAAUUGGAAAUGUUAAAUGAUGUGCCAAAAUCGGUCAAAUCGAGCACUCUUUUAAGUAUGGGAUUAAUUUAUGCUGCUAAACACUAAACGUCUGUCAAUAGGAUGCCUUUUGUUUCAUGCAGUCAUUCUGUUCUGUUCUAUUAAAAUCUUUCUUUCUGCUCUUUGUUUGUUUUGUAUAUAAUUCAUGCACAUUUUGCAACCAAACCAAAUCUCAGAUUGAGCCAAGCUGUGAAAAUAAUACAGAUGUGUAAAGAGUGGUUUUCUAUUGAUAGUUUGAAAUAAGGGUUAAGCUGUGUCUAAAUGUUCCCGUACAGUUUCGCUGCAUUGCAAACAGACUUUAAAAAAUCUCUCCAGUAACCCACUCACCCCCCAAAACAAUACAAGAAGCACAGAAGUGUCAAACUUAUAUCUAUUUCUCCAACAUCUCCAAGACUUGUAUAUUCUUGAAUUAAUACACUAAGAAGCUCCUGUAUGGCAUGACUGUAUGGGAUGAUUAGAUUUGUAUGACUGGUGUUUGGAUAAAUCAUGCAUAAGUGGACAGUUAUCCCUUGUAUGAAUACGUUUGCUUGUUUUUAUUGCUUCAAAUUAAACGGCUGUAUGUUUCCAUUA